AUGGAUCUCCUUCAGGUGGUCGGAUUCUUCAGCCUCCUCAUCCUCACCUCCUCCCAGACAACCACCACCUCCUGGUACUACAUGGACCACACCUCCUCCGACGACUGGGCCCCCGUCGAUCACACCGACGACGACUGGACCCCCACAGACAGCCCGGCGGCCCAGCCCUCCUACCUGCUGCUGGCCCCCACGGCGCUCUGCCCCGGGGUCCCCACCUCCGUGUCCGUCACCAUCCUGACCGACUCCACGGUCACCGUGUCCGCCCACAUCCUCCACGCCGACCAGACCGUCGCCUCCAACUCUGCCACGGUCACAGGAGGUUCAACCGAGCGGCUGAUUUUACCGGCUGUCGAAGAGAGCGAGUCCAGCGAUCGGCAGCCGUACGUCCUGCAGGUCAAAGGUCACGUCGGAGGCGUCGAGGUUUUCUCCAACUCAACACAGCUGAACUUCAAACUCAAAGGCCCGAAGACUUUCAUCCAGACGGACAAACAGACCUACAAACCAGGACAACACGUGAAGAUCAGAGUCGUGUCCAUUCACCCUGAUGGGAAACCUGACGUCUCCCCGGUGGACAUCAUCAUCAAGGACCCGAAGGGAAACCUGCUCCGACAGUGGCUGGCUCUGGAUACCCGCCUGGGGGUCGUCACCAAAGAGUUUAAGCUGUCUAAAAACCCCCCGCUGGGAAAAUGGACCAUCUGCGCUAAAGUUGGUAGUGUUUCCAGUGAGAAGAGAAUCACCGUGGCUUAUUAUGUGCUGCCGCGGUUUGAAGUUGGGAUCGAAGUUCCGGAUAUCAUUUAUCGCGAGGACCCACUGCAUGGCCGCGUCACAGCAAUGUACAUGCACAACAAGCCUGUUUAUGGAUACGUGGAUGUAAAAAUCCUCUUUUAUCAUCAGGGUUAUGCCAACACUCAUCAUGAUUUUCUGGAGAUCAACGGAACCGAAGACUUCCGGUUCGACUUCCCGGACUACUACUUCCACGAAAUGAGCAAAAGAUCUGCAGAUAUGUACGACUAUAAUUAUGACUACAUGAAUGAAGAAGUGACCGUCAUGGUAAAUGUGACUGAAUACCUCACAGGCCUCACAUAUAACAGCACGGCGAAGGUGAUGGUGGCAAACUCCAGGUACAACAUUUCCUUUGAAGACUAUUCUGAAAUAUUAAAGCCCUCUCUGAACUUCACGGCCACGCUGAAAAUAUGUACGUACAACAACCAGCCGCUGUCUAUGACGGAUCAGUACAAGAUGCUUACGGUCACCGUGAAGCAGAAAAGAAAUUCUGAAGAAAUAAUGCCUCUUCGUCAAAAAGCGACGGCCUCACCUGAGACGUCGACUCUCAGUCCGGGAGACGAUAGAGAAGAAAUGUUUCACAUCCCUGCAGACGGACUCAUCCCCCUCAACUUCCCACUCAACGAUGACACUGAAGAACUCAUAAUCGAGGCUCAUUUGGAGGACAGCUAUAAACGUCUAGACCUCUUUAGACAAUACACUUCACCCAGUCACUCCUACGUGCAGAUCAGGAAGCCCUCCGGACCCUGCGAGGUUGGUGUACCUGUCAUGCUGCAAAUUGAGAGGAAUUUUCCAAUGACUGAGAUCCACUACGUGGUGAAGUCCAGAGGUCAGGUGGUUUCUGCUGGGAGGAGCUCCGGUGGUUUAACUCUGGUCCCAGAGAGCAGCUGGGCUCCUCUGGCCUGCGUCGUCGUCUACUGCGUGCAUCCCAACGGAGAGAUCGUCAACGACUUCAUGGAGCUGCCCAUCGCCCAUACGUUACCAAACAAGGUGUCUCUGAGAUGGAGCGGCACCGUGAGGAAGCCAGCUGAGGAGGUCACUCUCAGGGUGGAUGUGGCGGAGCCCGGCUCGGUGGUCUGGAUCCUGGUGGUCGACAAGGCGACCAAGGGGAACGGGUCAAACAAUGACAUCACAAAAGAAAUGGUGCUGAAAGAGAUGAUGAAGAACGACGAGGCCGACUCUGACGAGAUGAUGGUGUUUAUGGGAGAUCCGUACUCUGUCUUCAAGGCUUGUGAUCUCGUUGCUCUGACUGAUGCCAAUUUACAUGUGAUGCGCAAUCCGUGGAAUCAAUUGCUAGAGGAAAUGCUUGUGUUUGACAUGGCAGGCGGUUCACAAAUGGAGCAGAAACCGGAGCCACGGGAACGCUGGUUCUUCCCAGAGACCUGGAUAUGGAUGGACACCGUCACAGGUAAUUCGACGUCAGCUCAGAUUCCUCUGACCGUCCCAGACAGCAUCACCACCUGGGUGGCCUCGGCCUUCGUCAUGUCCGAGAACCUCGGCUUGGGCCUCGUAGAUCACUCUGCUCAGCUCACAGUGUCCCAGGACUUCUUCCUGUCCCUGAAUGUGCCGGCCUGCAUCAUCCGAGGAGAGGAGCUGCUGCUGGAGGUCCUCCUCUUCAACUACCUCCCUCAGGACCUGCAGGUCACGGUGACGGUGGCGGAGAGCGAAGCCUUCCAGUUCGUCUUCUCGGGUUAUUUCAAGAAGCCGUCCCGUCAGGUGUUGGUGGAGAGUCAGAGAGGAGCCUCGGUCCACUUCCCCAUCCUCCCGAUGCUCCUCGGGGAGAUACACUUCUCUGUGAUGGCCGAGUCGGCGGCGGCGUCCGACCACGUCCGCCGGACCGUGCUGGUCAAGGCUGAAGGACUGGAGAAGCUCUCCUCCUCCUCGAUUCUGUUUGAACUUUCUUCUCCAUCCGACUCGUUCAUCACUAAAGAAAUCUCGUUCACCUUCCCUCCAGACGUUGUGCCGGGCAGCGAGAGAGCUUCAGUGACGGCCGUCGGUGACAUCAUCGGCCCGUCCAUCGGCGGCCUGGACGCUCUGAUCCAGAUGCCGUACGGCUGCGGGGAGCAGAACAUGAUCAACUUCGCCCCCAACAUCUACGUGCUGCAGUAUCUGACGGCGGCGGGCCAGGCCGACCAGCAGACCACCGCCACCGCCACCGAGUACAUGACCAGCGGUUAUGAGCGUGAGCUGACCUAUCAGAGAGGAGACGGCUCCUUCAGCGCCUUCGGGGAGCAAGACGCCUCCGGCAGCACCUGGCUCUCUGCCUUCGUGCUGCGCUGCUUCCUGCAGGCGCGGCCCUUCAUCAGCAUCGACCCCGGCGUGCUGCACGGGGCGGCGGCCUGGCUCGGAGCGCAGCAGGGCGCCGACGGGAGAUUCCUGGAGGUGGGCCGGGUCAUCCACACGGAGCUGCAGGGAGGUCUGGACGGACCCGCCUCCCUCACCGCCUUCGUCCUCAUCGGCCUGCUGGAGGACAGCCAGGUCCAGGCUCAGUACGCCUCCCAGGCGUCUGCUGCUCAGCUGUUCCUGGAGUCUCGUCUGACUGACGGCGUGUCCAGUAACUACAGCCUCAGCCUCAUCUGCUACGCCCUCGCUCUGUCAGGCAGCGCCAGCGCCGACUCGGCCAUCAGCAACCUGAUUGGACGAGCCCAGAUCAGAGACGGCGUGCCCAUGUGGUCGUCUCCAGACGUCAGCCUGUCUGAGUCAUGGCAGCCGAGCUCGUCGUGCAUCGAGAUGGCGUCCUACCUGCUGCUCGCGCUGCACGAACGUGGGCGCGCCGCCGACGGCCUCGGCCUCAUGAAGUGGCUCAGCCAGCAGAGGAACCACCGCGGAGGCUUCGGCAGCACGCAGGACACCAUCGUGGCGCUGCAGGCUCUGUCCGCCUACGCCUCUCUCAUGGGCUCGCACGGCUACGACCUCAACAUCAGGGUGAAGAGCGUUGCCGCGGCAACCGUCGCCCACUUCUACAUCAACCAGGACAACUACCUGCUGCACCAGAGCCAGCAGAUUCACCCGGAGGAGGUGAUGAAGCUGACGGUGACUGCAGAAGGUCAGGGACUCGCCCUGUUCCAGCUGAACGUGUUUUACAACGUCAGGAAAGAGGCGAUGCAGAUGCAGAUGAUGAAGAAGAAGAAGAGGAAGAGGAGGAGGCGAUUCAUCAUGGAAGACUCGGCGUUUCUUCUCUUUGUGGAUCUGCACGACUUCGACCUGAACUUAGUGGAUCUGUACAUCUGCUACAGCCUGUCGGACUUCCUGCAGCUGAACCAGACGGGGAUGGCCAUCAUGGAGGCCGGUCUGCUGAGCGGCUUCAAUCUGGCGCCGGAGGGCGUCCCGACCAACCACAUCAUCAAGAAAGUGGAGACGCCACCGGGGAAGGUGGUCCUGUACCUGGACUCUGUGACGACAGAACAGAUGUGUGUGCGGGUUCCUAUGAUCCUGGAGUAUAAAGUCGGAAAACUGCAGGAGGCUCAUGUCGUCCUCUACGAUUAUUACGAACCAAGGCGGAGGACAGAGGUGACAUAUAUGGCGGAGUGGAGGAAUGCUCUGUCCAGCUGCUCCCUGUUUCAGGACGACUGGACCAAGUGCAAUCCAGACGACUAUCCUUCAGUAGACUACUCUUCCUCUACAGCCAACUACUCUUCUUCACACCACUAUUCCUCUUCAGACGACUAUCCUUCACACCACUAUUCCUCUUCAGACGACUAUUUUGGCCUCAGCGUUUUUUCACACGGCAACAAAAACGUCCUGAUGGCCAGUUUAUCACCCACUGGUCUCCUCCUCUUCUCCUUCAUCGUCCUCCUCUUCGGCAUUUAAAUGAAGGUUCAACAGACGCUGCUUCAGCUUUGUAGAUGUGUAAAGUCCAACUGUUUGCAGCUGUUUACAUAUAUUAUAUAACAUGAUUUAUAUUUUUAAAGAAUGCAUUGGUUAAAGUCUCCUGGAAACAUCAUUUAAACUGAGUUUUACAUCUGUAAACUGAUGUUUCAGCACCGCCUCCUAAAAAUCACAUUCCCAGCAUUCUCAAGGGAAACGUAUCGUCAAUAAUCAACCCUCUGAUCCGCAGUUUGAUUGAAACUUGUGUUUUCUUUAAAAGGUCGACAAAAAUGCACGGUUUAUUAUAGAAAGAAACUGUAAAAAACAGGCAUUAUCAUCUGAAUUUGAAGUUUCCGACAGUCCUUGAACAGAUCAUCGGUUACAAAAGUUUCCACAAUAAAAAGUGACCAAAAUGAAGCUUAAAAUGGUGAUAUUUGUGUAAUUUAAAGCGUUUGCCCUAACCAGACCCUGUUAAAGCAUUUAAAUUUGCUCCUCAGAGGAACUGUGAAGACAUGAUUGAUUCUGCUGAGACCAACGGUCACGUGACAAAUAUUCACUGAGAAUCUGUUUACACAGAGCUGAGAGGAGAGGACAGGAGAUACUGAAUAUUAACUUGGUUGAUC